AUGGAAUCUAGCGAUCAGCUCUAUGGGUACGCGACGGUGCUGCUCGCCGCCGCGCCGCUCACCACACAAAUUGCUAUGGCGAAUAUAAAAUGGACAAUAUUCUUUCCGAUUUUCGCGAUUCCCGCACUCACCCUACUCAUAUCAGUCGGCCAUUUGUCGCGAUUGGCUCCGGUUCAAACAUUCCGGCGAAUGGCACCAAUUGCGUCGGGAAUUGGAUGGGCGCUAACAUGGCAUAUUGCCGAGAAACUCUACACCGAGAGCUUAAGAGCUUCACAGCUUUUUUUGUACAUUUUCUAUUCGUUCAAUCCAACAAUGUCGUGGGCGGUGUCGUGUUCACACACCUAUAAUUCGAAUUAUUGUGUAGAUAUUGAUGAUUCAAACGCAACAACGUCGACCGAAGGCUACCACUACCCGGACAAUUUCUGGCCGGCGCAAGAAUUCAAUCGAUAUUGGGUGAGAGGCAAUCCAACAUUGGAAAAAAUGCCGGCGGUUUGGGAGCCGAACGAAUGGUACUUGGGGUCGUCGAAGGACGAAUUCUACUUCUCCACUCCAAACAUCACAUUGUUCAUUGUGCAUCUGAUCACGUGGUCUUUUAUUUUCACAGUUUUGGUAAAGUUUUAUGAUCGAAUUGGCGAUAUUCUCACAAAAGUCUUCAUACUUGCCCCAUUAAUGCUUUACGUGGCCACCGCGAUGGGCAUGACCGUUUCCGGAUUUCAUUUUGUCGACAAAAAAGUGAUUCGUGUCAUCGACGAAUCGAAAAUCAAUGAGGAUCCAAUCGAUUUUUGGGCUGAUUUGAAGGGCGCCUUUCGGACCUCUUUACUCAUCGUCGACUAUUCAACCGCGUUCACUGGCGUGAUUUUCUUCGCCACCAGCCGACUACGAUCGGGAAUCGGCUCACUGAGCGCUUUUGUUCUGGUGCCCAUGAUGAUGGUGGUCCCGACGAUUCAAACAAUCCUCCGAAGUGGUUGCGAGGGCCAUGUUUCCGAUAUUCAGCCGGCUUAUUCGAUCUACGCAUCAACUGACGAGACCAUUUCGUUCGAUCUACUGCCGGUUUGUUUCGCCACAUCGCACUUCGGAGCGAUUUGGUCGAUUUCGUAUUUUUUGGCGCAAUAUUUAUAUACAUCUUUGGGUCCUAUGUUGAUCUACACCGCUUUCAUCUAUCAAUCGUUUAUUGACGACAUGCCGACGGUGCAGAAUAUCCCGCGACGAUUCAUCGGCCUACUCUGCCUGGCGUUUACAGUACCGUCCAUAUUCUUAUACAUGCCGCUGGGCACCAAAAUCACCGCAUUAUUCCGCUACACGUCGCAAUCAUCGAUUGUCCAACUUCUCGCCUAUAUUGUCAUUUUCUUCGUAUACGGUUGGCAACGAAUUGAGCAGGACGUUUUGAUGACGUCAUCGACACCGUCGAAUCCGUCGAUAUUAGAGUAUUUUUUGAGGCCGACUAGCCCGGUUUUCUCGUUGGCCAUGUUUACAGUGGUCCCAAUGCUCAUAUGUUCGAAAUUCGUGGCCGUGUUCGAUUUCCUUCAAAGCGGCAACGAUGUGGCGAAACACAUCGCGGCAGGUGUCCAAUUUAUGCCGUUGCCCAACUAUUUGAGCUGCCUCAUUGGUUACGGAAUCAUGUUUGCCCCGUUCAUCAUUGUCGUCGUGUUCGGCGUUUAUACCAUUUUCGAUAUGCGCUAUCGUCAUCAUCUUCCAUUGAUCGACGUUAUUCGACCGACCGGCGACUGGAUGUCGCACGCUUCGGUGAAUAUGAGCAAACCACGCCCACAUUCGUUGGCGUACGGUAUGUUCAACAGCUUCAUUCGACUACAGUACUCUACGGUACUCUUUGCGUUGUUCUUUUUCGAGAGCUUUAUUGGAUUAACGCUCAUCGUAUUGUUCUUCUUGAAUUCGUCGUCGAUUAUUGGAUUGAGCACAUCGCGAGUCGCAAAUGACUAUCGCAGUUGUAUGCUUUUGGUUUUUGUCGUUUUGCACAUUUUCUCGCUUUUUGAAUUGAGACGAAGCCAACAGAAUGGAGUUGAGCCGGCAAGAAUUUCGUUUUAUAUUGGAUUGGCGACGAUUGAAAUGGCGAUGAUGAACGCGUAUAUGUGGAUGUUCGCUUCGAAUCAUAAUUGGGGAACCGAUUUGCCGCCGUUUUCAUUGAUGCUAUUGAAUACAUGGAUUCGAGGCGUUUGCAUAUUGGCGGCGAUUGCGGUUCGCGCUCACAUGUUGGAGCAGCAGCGGCCGUCGCGAGCACGAGACGCUUCUGAGAUUUAUGAUAGCGAUAUGCAGCAAGUGGAUGCUGAGGAUGAAUCUCCUAGUCGCCGCGUAUUUCCAUUAUGGGUGUCAAUUUGGCUCGUUGUUUCCGCUCUAAUUUGCACCCUUGACGUCAUCUACACAAUGUUCCGACCAUACACCAAUGCAAAAGAUGGAUUCAUAUCGAAUACGCUUUUCUAUGGAUGGAAAUUGUAUUCAUCGGUCGAUAUUCGUUACGCAAAUACGAAAGAUGAGGUGACAUGUGCGACUGGAAGAGUCAUGCUCAUCGAAAUUGUGCUCAAUUUGGUCGCAGUCUUCUUGGCGCUGAGAAGGUCCCGACACGCUUUGCUCGUCGCUUUCACGACGAGCGCCUUCGUAUUCUGGAAGACGUUCUGGUAUUUGGUGAUGUACAUUCGACCGCCUGUUGGAAGUCCGCCGGCGUUCACGGACCAAUACGGAUAUUUGGGAAUGACGCUCAUCUUCUGGAUUCCAAAUUGCGUUUGGGUAGUGCUUCCCUUCUGCGUUAUGGUCGCAUUGUGGAACAAGUUAGCUCUUCCGGUGGAAUAUUCCGAGCAGUACCACAAUCGAUACGAAAAACCGCCGGGUUUAUACACACCAUAA